AUGACUGAUGGACUCAUAACAGACCAAAUUCAACAUAACCUUAUUUUAAAGGAAAAGGAUAAAUACAAGGAUAUUAAGCUCCAGCCUCUUAAAGGAGGCCGUGGGUGGUUUGGAUUCCGCUUCCUUAACCAAAUCAAAUGGGCAGCGGCGAAAUUUAACUUUCAGUACCUACUUAGAAUUGAUGAUGACUACUUCUUGUGCCCAAAAAGGCUUCUUUCUGAGCUUCCAUUGAGACCAAAACAAAAUCUAGUUUGGGGAUUUUUCCACUGUCAAGCAAGAAACACAUGGGUGGAUGAUGCAUUUAUGAUAUUCUCCGAAGAUGUUAUUCAGAAGUUUUUGGCGCAGAACGAAAGCUCGAUGUUGUGUCAUCCACAAGCGGACCAACAAGUCAUGUUGUGGCUGAGCAGUAUUCUAAACAUAACAUACUUCCACGAUAC